GUCAUUUUAACGCCCGCCAUGUAUCUGGUAGCUAAAUACCAACAAUUUCGACGAGCGCAAAUAGAGAAUAAUCUGAAAAAGAAAGCAGAAAAGGAAUUGCAAAAGCUAAAUGAGAAGAUCGACAAACUUCUGGUCAAACUAGAUGCUAAACAAGCAACCGAUGACGAAGAAGGGACGCCCGUAUCCGGAACAGAGUGCGUCGUCUGCUUCUCCUCAACAGCCUGCAUGCAGACACUACCAUGCAAUCAUAGAGUUGUCUGCCGAAAAUGCUUCGUCAAGACUAUACAAUCGGCCGUUAAUCAGCGAUGCCUACCGCUACGCUGUGUAAUUUGUCGUGAGAAAGUACUUAAACUUCAGCAAAAUCAACCCAACCAGAGGAGGCCACCCCCAUCACUAGCUCCUCAAUUAAGACGCUAUCAAGUGCACGCUUCUUCCAAAACUCCACCACCAGUUAGGCAAUCAUUUGUUGAACCUGUUAAACCAGGCUCAGCGGAGCCGAAACCAAUACUGAGAAGAGCUGGAAGAAAAACAGGGGUGUCUAGCAACAGGGUAAACGCCGUCACCUUUAACGAGCGCUGA